GGAGCGGCAGUCUGAGGUUUCUGUCAGUAACAGAGCCCUUGCAGUUGCUGGAUAAGUUGUCCUCCAUGUGAUUGUUCCGACUGAAUCUUAAUCAAUCAAAGGUGAUGGUCUACUGUUUUUUCACUCGUGGGAUGCACCGCUGGCUAAACAAAAGGUGGUGAGAGUUGUCUGCAAGUUUCUUUAACGAAAGUUUUUCUAAAGCAUCUGUGCAUAUCACACGUGAGGGGGUGAGUUUGAGGAAGAAGGUGAGAAACACAGAGAGAGAGAGAGAGAGAGAGAGAGAGACAGAGAGAGAGAGAGAGAGACAGAGAGGUGAUAUUCAGAAUGCCACUUCCUCAUUCAUGCCGUUCUCUCCUGAACUAGGCUGGGACAUCUGCCUCACCUAGAUGGGCUACAAGCGCACACACACUUACGGCCCAAGGCCACUGCAGUCCAACUUUUUUUCACUAAAAGAAAAGAAAAGAAGGUCUGACACUGUGGACGGCUUGUACUUGGAUCGGAUGCAGAAUAUCCUGCCUCAAUAGAUGAUUGAGGGGCUUUGCCCGUUGUAAUGAAUCAUACCGAGUUCCCAUUCCAACUUGGUUCUGUUCUUCGUGGGGACUGUAUCGACUUCGGAACUGUUCCUUGGUGCACAUGGCAUAACGAUCCAAUGAUCUCAACCAAAGUUGCAUUUCCCUUAACUGCUCAUAGAUCCCCCUGUAUGCCUCCAAUGCCUAGUAUUGCCCGAGUUUCAACUCCAACCACUUGCGAACAUUUUGAGGUAGUCUGGCAUCUCGGAAUGAACUCGCUAAGAUGAUAGUCUUAUCAACAACAAACAAAAGUACAAAACUAAAAAUAAUAAUUAGAAAACGGCAUAGAACCACCACAAUGUGAACAAAUCCUAAAAGCCCAAAUGAACAUGCGAUCGAAUCGGAUCCUAAACUAUGAGAACAAUCGAUACGGUUAGGCAACCACCCACUCUAGCAACGCAUCAAAUCAAACUGGCUAUGAACUAGUGUAAUUCACAAAAUUCCAAGACCUUUGUAUUGGCAUAUGGUGGUGGCAGGAGUGGGAUAAUGCUUUGGUUGUUGUGUUAGUGAAUGCAUGAACACACUCGCGUUGCAAGUGAAGAGGUACAUGGCCACCAUUUAAAGGCUCAGGGCGAUGUGUAUUUAAAGCCCUGCAUUGUCACCAAUUAAUUACGAUUUGGUUUUGCUUGGCAUUGUUCAGAGUUUUUAUUUCCCUAUCGUGUGCUUCAUCAAAUUGGAAGGUUAGUUUUGGCAUAUGGAAGUCCCAUGUUUAUAUCGCUUUAUUUUCUAGUUGUCAUAUUUUAGUAAAUGAAGCGUUGAACAUUAGGGAGUCAGACUGCACCUGCACUCAUGCCGGAAUUAACUCCGGUGAACGAUGACAACGCCGGCAGCGAGGUGUGACCAUAUACACCCACCCCGACCGUUCCCUUCGUUGCUGAACUUCCAAAUUUUUCAGUGCUUAACACCCCUGUUGGGAUGGUGCCUUGUCCGAUGAUGAGAAGUUUCUGAAUGUUUGUGGGGCAACCCGGAUGUUUGCUUCAAGUCUUAAUGAUCCCAUGAAAAAAAAAACAAUCUUAACGAAGGCGAUCACGGCAAGGGGUCGGGCUCCUCCUCCGCCUUCGGCCGACCCCGUCAUCCACAUUGACGGCAAAGCGGCCAGCCACGCCCUAAACAUGUUCGAUGAAAUGGCCGGGAGCCAAAAUGUGUCCUACACAUAUACAGAGAUGUUGGCCGAGAGCACGGUGAAUUUGAGUGCCCCCCUUGGCGAUUUCGAUGCAUCAUACGUCGAGGUCGACGCGGAGGUGAAUGAUGAGAAUGAAGAUGAUGAUGAAGUGCAAGAGAUCGAGGAGGCCGACUAUGAUGCUAGGGUGGGGAGGAACGGUAACUACACGGAGACGGAGGAUGUUAAAGCAUGGGAAAACAUCUCUCUUGACUCCAUUGCUGGCAAAGGAUCAAACCUAUGACAACUAUUGGAAAAGGAUCAAAGACAAAUUUCAUUAAAUGAUGCCAUUCCCAUCAAGCCGGAGCUUGAAGGGCCUUCAAGGCCGUUGGGAGACCAUCAACAAAGCUAGCGGUCGUUGGGCCAGAUGCUUGGAGCAAGUGCGGAAUGCACCACCAAGUGGCGUCACUAUUGAUGAUUUUUUUUGGAAAUGGAGGCAAGCCCCCGGCCUCUGCAUUAUGAAGAUGCAUGCAACCAUUUUAUUAAGAAUCCACAAAGUAGCGACAAAAAAGGUCCAAAUAGCUCGCAAACGGAGCAAAGCAAAUAAGAAAAUUACAUGCUGACACCAGCCGAUAUGGUAAUAUGUAGGAUAAUUAAGCUCCCUAGACUCCUAUCCUGUUAUGCGAGCGCCAUCCGAACCGGUUGAAUAUAGCCCGAGCUACCAUCUCCCAUUGGUUGUACCCAGUAACCA